UUCACAUCCAUUAAAUCAAAUCAAGGAUUGGCCCCCAAGAACCUUCAACAGUGGCAUAAACAAAUGGCUAAAAGAGAAAUAAACCCUCCUGAGACCUAUUUAUAUGAAGAAACCUGACCCAACCUUCUGCUCAUAAAAAACCCAACUCAAAAUCUUUUCCAAUACCUUCCAAUUUCCUCUUUAAUUCACCUAAAUAUCAGAACUAGGAAAAAUGAGUGUGGAAAUAUUGGACGGUACCACAAUUGUCAACUUUGUUGAAGAUGAGGCAGCUUUUAAUGCCUAUAUAAGAGCCCAAUUCGCUCACCUCGACACUGACCAUGAUGGUCUCCUUUCCUAUAAUGAGAUGCUGGAGGAGUUACAGAGCCUCAGGGUGUUCGAUGCCGAUUUCGGAAAUGAUGAGAAGCUUGGUCCAGAUGAGCUUUCGUCUGUCUAUAGUUCUCUGUUUUUGCAAUUUGAUCGUGACUCGGAUGGAAUGGUUGAUCUGGAUGCGUAUAAGACUGAGAUCAAAAGAAUGAUGCUAGCUAUGGCUAAUGGGAUUGGCUUCUUACCUGUUCAGAUGGUGCUUGAAGAGGGCAGCUUCUUGAUGAAGGCUGUUGAGCGUGAAACUGCCAUAAUGGCUGCUUGAGUAAAGUUACCUUUUAACUCGCUGUAUUAGUAAAUUCAAGAAACAAUUCAAAAGAGUGAGGUUUUUGUUAACUGAAAUAAGAUGUUUUUCUUUUUGUCA